AUGAAUCAAGAGACGGAUGGGAUGUACCACCGCCCAACUUUGAUGUUCUAUCCUCAACAACAAGGCGGCGCUAAUGCUAUCAAAUGUAGUGCGGCCAUAAUGCCGGGUUACCAGAGUCAACCUCUUGACUACUACCGUUGCAUUCAGCGGUAUACAGAGAAUGGCUUUGUUGAAACCACUGCUCUGAUUCAAAGGCAAAUCAUGACCGUUAGAUCCAACAUCAUGGUGAUCAAUCUACUGCGGUGGACUGCCGGCCGCAUCGGACCCGCGGGUGGCCGCGGAGAUCCGUUCGCUUGGUGGAGUAUCAAGGGAUCUAUCACCACUCGCAACCUUCUGUUGCUCAACUCGGCUGCCACAAUUUUGACUUGA